CUUUCAUCAUCUCAUUAGCUCUUAACUAAACAAAAAACAGAGAAAAAAGAAACACUUAGUCAUGGCAAGUAUUUCUUCUAGAAAUUCUCCUGCAUACCUUCUCAUUCUUCUAUCCAUUUGUCUCCACAUAAACUUAACCUCGGCUGCCCGAGACCUUACCGAAACAACCAGCACAGAGUUCUUAAGAACAUCAUGUAGUACAACUACAUAUCCAAAACUCUGCUAUAGUUCUCUUUUAAUCCAUGCAGACAAAAUCCAAACCAGCCCGAAGCUCCUGGCCAAUGCCGCCCUUAACGUAACCCUAGCAUUGGCUGCAUCAACCUCGACGAUGAUGCAAAAACUCUCUCACAGUCAUGGAAUAAAACCUAGAGAGAUAUCAGCCAUGGAAGAUUGCGUGGAGGAGUUAGCUGACUCGGUCGACCAGAUCAGCAGAUCUAUUGAUCAACUGGGUAAAGCUAAGGGUUCCGAAUUUGAGGUCAUGAUUAGAGAUGUGCAAACAUGGGUUAGUGCUGCGUUAACUGAUGAGAGUACCUGCAGUGAAGGGUUCGAAGGAAACCCGAUGAAUGGGAAACUGAAGACUCUUGUUAGGGAGCAAAUUGUCAAUAUUGCACAUAUGACUAGUAAUGCCUUAUCAUUAGUCAAUAAAUAUGCCUCUCUACAUGGUUAGGGCCUAGGGGAACAAUAUUACACCAGGCAAACAAUUGUACCACAUCAUUCGCGCAAUAAAAUAAUACAACAUUUAUAAUAUUAGAAUAUUUAAUGAUAAAAAAUUAAAUAUUUCAAUAUCGCAACUACACGUUGGUUUAUUAUAAAAAUGUUGUGGCGCAACCGUUGUGUAAAAUAAAUGCUUUGAUGAA